AUGCUUAUAACCUGGUCUGGUUUCACAUCUGUAGGAGGGAUGAACACUGAUUUGGUAGAUGCUCUUCCUGUAUCUUUGAAAGUUAUAGGCCUACCACACGUUGGAUAUGAUCAUUUCGAUUGGGAAGCUAUCAAGAAAAGAGGCGUUAUUAUGUGUAAUAGUCCGGGAAUGUCUGAUAAUGAUGUGGCCGACAUUGGCUUACAUUUAAUAUUGUCUACAUAUCGCUCUACAUCGCUCUUUGAAAGCACAUUGAGGUCCCAGAAGAAUGCUGCGUUAGCUCGAAGAGUCGUACUGAACUUUGACCAAGAUACUGGUCGAGCAGACCCUGGUAAUGAACCCAUGGAUCCUAUGAAAUACGUCCAUGGCCAUAGAGUUGGAGAGAGAGUUGUAACAUCACCAGCGGGCCAACGUGUGGGUAUAGCUGGGUUUGGUGGAAUUGGAAGAGCGUUGGCUAAAAGAUUGCAUGUCCUUGGAAUGACGAUUCAUUACUUCAAGCGCAGUCAAUUGUCGCAGAAGGAGCUCAAAUCUCUUGAAGGUAUACCCUUAGUCAGACAUGAGUCCUUUGAAUCUCUGGCAAAAGAAAGUGAUGUUCUAGUUCUCGCAUUACCCCUGAGCUCUUCCACAAGGCACAUAGUAAAUGACAAAACCAUUGGAAUUUUGCCGGCCGAGGCAAGAGUCAUCAAUGUUGGAAGAGGGCCGUUGGUUGAUCAGGCAGCUCUUCUCAGAGGGCUCAAAUCAGGAAAGCUAUCAGGAGCUGGUCUAGAUGUUUUUGAGCACGAGCCUAUAAUAGAAGAGGAGCUUUUGAGUCGAUACGACGUAACCCUGUUACCACAUAUCGGGGCAUGUACUCAGAAAGCAGUGGAACGGGCUCUGAUUAACAGUCUGGAGAAUAUAAAAAAUGUAGUUGUUGACGGGGGCCAUGGUAUACAUCCCAUCUAA